UUUAUAAUGUGGUGAAUGGCUAGGCCCCACUCUGACUCUGCUACACCACAGGCAAGGACAGGCGGACGCAGGAGGACAAACACACAGCAUGUCACUGCUGCAGGAAAAGCUGAACCUGGAGACUUUAUACUCAUCCCACAGAUGCAGGAACCUGUGAAGGUUGCCAUGGACGACUUAGACCACAGUGUGCACAUAGCGGAGCGGGACUGGGACAGCUUCUAUAAGGAGAGUGAGGAAUGCUCCCUGCCACAGCCCGAGCUUGCAGGCUCAGACGACUUGGGCCUCAGUGAUGAGGAACCAGAGGAUUCUGUGUGCCCAGUGUUUCCAGCCUUAGGCAAUGUCCAAGAUGACCCCCGGCAGCAGAAUGCAGCUCCAAACACUGCCAUCCCAUCUGAGCCCAGUGUUAAGGAAGAGGCUACCCUCAGAGAGGAUUUCAUCUGUACAGACCUGCCUGUAAAGAUUUGUGAGAGUGGCUCUGAAGAAACACAACUAAAUGAUCCAUUGAGCUUAACUGAGGAAGAGGGUGGUGCUCUCUUGGACAGUUUCUUUGACAACUCCCCCCAUGCACAGAAAGAAUCAGAUUCUGGCUACUAUGGAGAAAACAGAGGAUCUGGGUACUUUGAAGAAAACAGCCUCACCACAGAGUUGGUAAAAGACACCCCAGGAGAGACUGCUGAGCAGAACACAGAAGAGACCUCUAGGAACCAGAACAUAACAAAAAAUCUGGGUUCAGGUCCAGAAUCUUCUAGCAACAAGUGCAUAGCUAACAGUGACCCCUCUGGAGCCUGUGAUGUCUCAGAUAUCAAAGGAUUCGACGGAGAGCUGCCAAGCGAAGGUGGCACUGGUACAUUACAUGACAUCUUAACACCCCUCUCCCUACAGCCAGUUCCACUGCCACACCAAGACCUGUAUCCAGGCCAAAAUAUCAGCCAGGAGCAGCUGUUGUGCCACACAGAAACAGCUAUAUUAUGCGAGAGACAUGCCAUUGUGGCGCCAAGGGAAGAAAAAGAGCGCUGGUUUGUGACCGUGAACGAAAGUCAAGCGCCUCACAGAGUGCAUGCUGCCACCGCGGUGAAAAAAAAAAGAAGAAAAAAAAAAACUUGUAGGAAUUCAGUCCCACGGGGCCACCACACCUCAGAGGGGCCAGACCCUCCCCCUGAGAGUGAGUCAGAGAUAGAUAUAGACAGAAUGGAGGAAUCUAACAGACAGGAGACCAUGAAUGAGUUUAGUACCCAGUCAUGCAAUAAGUCAAAACCACUGCCAGACACACACACAUUGCCAAAUAAUUAUCAUAGAGAAGUCUAUAUAGAGUUUCCCAAAAUAAAUGUAAGCUAUUCGGAGUUACCCCCUCUCUUUUCAGAGUUAAGCUCUUCAUCAUCAAUCAGUGAAGACGUGAAUAUUUCUACAGAGUCGCCCCUCCAGAGGGAUGACUCCACCGAGGCGCUCGACCCAGAGUCGUCUAUAGAAGAAAACAAACAGGAAAAUUACAGCUCAGCCGUUGGCUUAAAAAGGUCAGUAGACCAUCCAUUAUCCAAACUACAACACCUAUUACUUGCACUUCACCGCUCUGAGUCUGUGUACUCGAAUGAGGAAGGGGAAUUAUUUUACACCACCAGCACCAGCUAUGAUUCUGAAGAGGAGUAUGUCUCAGCCACAGAAAUGGAGGAUACUAACAUACCUUCCAGUGAGAUAGAUUCCACUCUCUCUGCCUCUCUUCCUCUACAAACCCCUACUGCUAAUUCACAGCCACUAAUUCAGGAAGACUGUCUAAAUUGCCCCUUGUUGUCACAACGUGAAGGUUAUGAAAACACAGCUGACCAGGCUUACAUCGAGUCUGUCAGAACAUGUCCCUCCACUGGUCACAGUAACAGUAACCCUAUAAUGUCAGAGGAAAGCUCAGUGCCGGCUGAUUCAAAGCACAGCCCUGACUCCCACAUGACUAAUGAGACACCAGCACACAGAGCUGGUGAGCCACUUACAGUCUGGGAACAUUUACCACAGACGAACACUUCAGAAGAUCAACCUCCUCUUCCUCUUCCCGAAGUAACAGUGACACCAACAGAAAACCCUGAAACAUCGUAUAAUGCAUCAGACCCUACUCGCCCAGUGUAUGCCAUCUCUGCUUUUUGGGAUGAAAUGGAAAAAUUGACGAUUAAAGACAUCUUGCACCUCAGGGUAUGCAGAAGCCCAUCUCCCCCGAAGGAGACCCUCCAUCCUCAGGAAUCUGACAGUGCACGUGUUGAUGUCACAGUCACAGACGCAGACAUGCUGAACAGUUCCCUGACUGAUAUUGAGGAAUACUAUUCACAAGACAGCUCACUAAUGGACACUUCCGAUACCGCAGACUCUGACUAUUUCACACACAAUGAUGACUCCCCCAAGCCAGACCGCUCGAGUUGCGAGUUCUCUACCUUCUCCGAUUUUGACGAAGAGUACAUGCCAUUUUUCGGCACUAGCUCAAUCCCCAGCCCUGAGCUUGGGAACUUCGAACGGAGAAGAUCAGAGUCUCCCUGCUCAGGGGCCAUCUCACAGGAAGAAACAGACUCCAGUACUGGCCUGGCCACUCCUGUUGACUGUGAGGAGCUUGCAGCACUAUCCUCCUCCUCUGAAGACAGCAUCCCCAACAAAGACAGCAUCUCCAACACCAGCCUCCUCCCAGAAGCUACAUGCCUGAAAGGGAUCAGGAAGAGCAGAAGCAUGCUCAACAUUGUGCAAGAUCUGGAGGUAGCUCAAGUAGAGACGCAGCUGAAAGACAUGCACAAUGCCCAAGCUCUGGAUGUCGAGAAGCAACUGAAAGACAUGUGCAAUGUACAAGCAGCUCUGGAGGUCCACAUGCAGCUGAAAGACGUACACAAUGUACAAGCUCUGGAGGCAGAGAUGCAGCUAAAGGAUGUGCCCAUUGUACAAGGUCUGGAUAUAGAGAUGAGGCCAAAAGACAUGCGCAAUGCCCAAGCUCUGGAGGUUGAGAUGGAGCUAAAGGACAUGCUCGAGGAAGCCGAAAAUAGUUUUUUUCUCAACAGCUGUCAGGACUUAGACUUUGCGGAGAAUCCUGUUCUUGCAGUGAUUGAUAGAAUCAGCCGAAUGCCCUCCCCAAUUCUACCCAAUACAGACAUACUGGACGAGCGCUACAGAAUCACCUUUCCAGAACUAUACGAGUACCUGUUCACAGAGGAUGUCCUCUCUGUCUACGAGUCCCUUCUGUCUACGUCAGUGGCUGAGUGCUGUUAUGACUACUCUCUCUCUGAGUACGGAGCUGGAGUGUUAUUCCCUCCCCUGGUCCAGCAGUCCCUGCAUGGUGAAGGAGAACCAGUCCACAUCUUCUCCUGCUCUCGCUCGGCUGCACAAGACCUCAGGUCCCCUGAACUGGAAGAUUUUCUCUUCCCACAACAAGACACAUAUCUCGAAUCCGAGGAGGACGACCGCUCCCCUAUCCGAGUGGUGACUCGCUCCGACAUCCAGGCCAAAGAGGCUGUGUCCUUCUCCUCGUCCGCCUCUGCAGCCCCAGAUGGUUACCCACAAAACACCCACUUCUACAGCCAGAGAGGCUGGACAGGGAACUGGAAAAGCCUGCUCUCCCUGAGGAGGAACCGCUUCCCAGGAAUGGGCAGCACUAGCAGUAGCUGGUGCUGGAGGUCUGGUGCCUGGAUGUCUCCAGCUGUGGGUCAGGCUCAGAGGGCUUUGCCCCCUCCCAUUACACAAUGCAGCCAAGCUGAUACAAUUGUCAAUGAGGCAACCAGGAUCUCCCCUCCUCCACCUGAGGUCAUUCAACUCGGACACCAGAUCUUCAGACAGCUUUCAGAGAAGCAGAGACGAUUCAAAAGCCUACAGACAACCGUCUCAGUGUCAAAGAAAGAUGGCAUCCUCUUCUCACUGAAGCAGUCUGACAUGUGUCUGGUCUGUAUUGCCUUUGCCUCCUGGGUACUGAGGUCAGCAGAUCCAAUGGCUGCAGAUACAUGGAAAGCAGCUCUGCUGGCAAAUGUGAGUGCCAUAUCUGCCAUCCAGUACCUUCGGCGCUACGUGGUGAAGAGAAGGGAAGCUGGAGAUCUGAAUGAUUCAACUGAAGAUAAGGCAUGAUAUAUAGCUAUUGCUUCUAGAGAACCCUUUCCAGACAUUUUAACUUGGGUCCAUAGGAGUGUCAUAAGAGUUUCAUACAACGUAGAAACACGAACAACCAUUUACAGUUGAAGUCUGAAGUUUACAUACACCUUAGCCAAAUACAUUUAAACUCAGUUUUUCACAAUUUCUGACAUUUAAUCCUAGUAAAAAUUCC